GUGAUUAACUUGUACGGACACGGCUGUCUGCACGGGACAGAUAGAGUUCAGCACAAUCGCGUUUCUCACUGACGCAAACCCGCUCCAAGUGCCGACAAAUCUGAGGGAACAAUCGCGGGAAACCAAUACGUCCGCGUCUCUUUUUUUUUACUCGCGGACCUGUGGCCCCAGUACCACUCCUUGUAGCUGUUGUGUUUUACGAACCAUUCCGCCCGAGAAGAUGAAAAGAACGGAGCCGCUCCUCCUCAUCUCCGCUCUUCUCCUGUUGUUGCAGAGCCAGUUUUGUUUCCCAGUGACUGUGAGCAGCCCCAAGCCCAAGGUGGAGAUCCAUGAGAAUGAAGAUGCUGUGCUGCCCUGCGUGUUUAAGACUGAGAAAGACAGCCAUCCCCGUAUUGAGUGGAAGAAAAAGGGCAAAGAUAUAUCCUAUGUGUACUUCAAUGGAACAUUCAGAGGGAGCUUUGCGGGACGGGCGAAGAUGGAGGGGGCUACAGUGACCCUGUACAGAGCCACGCUGAGAGAUUCGGGGGAGUACCGGUGUGAGGUCAGCGCCUCCAUGGACUCCAACACCCUGGGAGAGGCGGAAGUCAGCCUCAAAGUGCUGGUGCCCCCCCACACCCCGCUGUGUGAGAUCCCCAGCUCUGCUCUGACGGGGGCCGUGGUGGAGAUGCGCUGUGAGGACCGCCUCAGCUUCCCCCCCGCUACGUACAGGUGGUACAAAGACAACCGCCCGCUGAGCUCCACCCGCCAGGCCAACCUCACCUACACCCUGGACACACAGUCCGGCAAGCUGUAUUUCAGGGCUGUGUCCCAGGCUGACUCAGGGCAGUACCGCUGUGAGGCCUCAAAUGGAGUGGGGGCGCCAAAGAGCUGUGAGGGAAAACACCUGCAGAUUGAUAUGUAUGAUAUGAACAUGAUGAUCAUCAUCACUGUGGCUGCAGGGGGUCUGCUCCUCCUCAGUGUGAGUGUGCUGGGAGUCUGCUGCUGCUGCUGGAGACGCCGCUGCAAGCAUCAAAAGGGAAAAGGAAGCCUGAGUACUACAGACAUACCCAGUCCUUUGUGCUGUGAGAAACACCCUACCUGUCAUUUCCAUGGCAACAUUGUACUGGACAUGGGCCAUCAAACUGCCAGCAGAAGGACUGGGAGGGACUCCGGGUACGACAAGCAGAGCAUGGCCAAACGGCAAUAAUGCUCUGCACUGGAAAACUACUGCUCACUUACUCCCUCUUGUGGUUGAGUUCUGAAAUUACCACACACGCAAGGACUUCUGGCCCAGAGAAGAGGUUUGACUGAAGCACCAGCAUCCUGCAGAAACUGCCCAUUAACAAUGAUUCAGUCAUCCCUCAUACCAAAUACACCCCACUGUUACCACCCUCACUUUUCAACAAAUGAAUGUUGUAUUUUCUCAUAUAUUUUGUAGAUCUUUUUAUCGACAAUCUUUUUUUAUAAGAACUGAAGUGCUCUUGUCUGUGUGAGUGACUGAAUGAAUGGGAUGGUUUUUUUUUACAGAAGUGGGAUCAGAAAUGAAUAUCUUCUGCUUUCCUGUCAGGUGUUUUAUUAGUAAUGCUGUGCUAAUAGGAAGCAUGCUAAAUGAGGUGUGAUCCAAAGAUAUUAAAGGUUGCACAAAGAUAAUAAACCCUGCCAAUGUUUUGUUUUACUACAU